AUGAGCGCCUCGGCGGCCACCGGCGUCUUCGUCCUCUCCCUCACCGCCAUCCCCGUCACGUACCUCUUCAACUGCCUGGCGGCCGGCGGCAGUUCCUGGACAAUUGUUGCAGUUGGAUUGCUGGUUCUGGUUUUUAUUGCUCUGUUGGCUCGUGUUCUUGUUAAAAGAAAACCACCAAAAGACCCGCUGUUUUAUGUUUAUGCUGUAUUUGCCUUUACCAGUGUAGUGAAUCUAAUAAUUGGACUGGAACAGGAUGGAAUUAUUGAUGGAUUCAUGACUCAUUACUUGAGAGAGGGUGAACCAUAUCUGAACACUGCGUAUGGCCACGUGAUCUGCUAUUGGGAUGGCUCUGUUCAUUAUCUCAUGUAUCUGUUGAUGGUGGCAGCUAUUGCAUGGGAACAAAGCUAUAGAACCAUUGGCCUCUACUGGCUAGGUUCCAUUAUCAUGAGCAUCAUUGUCUUCAUGCCUGGAAACAUUGUGGGCAAAUACGGAACAAAAGUGUGUCCUGCUUUUUUCUUAAGUGUACCGUAUAUUUGCCUUCCCAUAUGGGCUGGGUUCCGAAUUUAUAACCAACCUCCAGUGACUCACGACACUCCAGUCAAGGUGGUUCAGGAAGUCCAGAAGAAAGGACUCUUAAGACGACCAAUAGAUUUAAUGUUAGCUGCAUACCUCAUUCUAGCAACGGGGUUUUGCAUAUUUAGAGGCAUGAUCGCUCUGGAUUGCCCUGCGGAACUCUGCCGGCUAUAUAUUCAACUUCACGAGCCUUAUAUAAAAGAUCCUGCUGCCUAUCCUAAGCUUCAGAUGCUGGCAUACAUGUUCUACUCUGUGCCGUACUAUAUGAUUGCUCUGUAUGGCCUACUGGUACCUGGUUGUUCCUGGAUGCCUGAUUUAACCCUUAUACAUGCUGGAGGACUAGCUCAGGCUCAAUUUUCCCAUAUUGGUGCUUCUCUUCAUGCUCGAACUCCUUACAUCUACAGAGUCCCUGAAGAAGCAAAACAGUUUUUUCUGAUAUUGAACAUAAUGUAUGGGAUUAUUCCCCAGCUGUUGGCUUACAGGUGUGUCAACAAGCCAGAGUUUUUUAUGAAAAUGAAACAAGAAGAAAAAACGGAAUAGCACAACUGUUUUCAGCUCCUCCUUUUGGCUAUGUAUAUAAUGGGGUUGGAUGUAAUUGAACUUCUCCAAUGGAACCCAAAUGAAGCGUGUAAGAUGUGUAAAAUUGCACAAUUGUGUAAAGUUGCACAGUCUGUUUUGUUUAUCCUACUCAAAAAGGGAAAAUAAAGACGACUGCCUUCAGUACCACUUCUCAACAUUUUGACUUUGUGUUGCAGUGGAGCUGCUAGUUCACAUAGCUAUUUUUAAGUAAGCUGCUUUGACAGUUUUAGAAAUACUGCAUGAAGUUAAAUAAUAACAAUGAUGUCAGUGUUUAGCCUCCACACACUGAAGAAUAUCAGUGCUAGCAAUCCCUACACAGAGCUACUGUACAAUGUGAAGGUCAGUAUUUUGAAGUGUGAAAAAUUAACAUACAUAACUCUGUCACAUGCACAUGUUUUAUUUGUCAAAAAGUAUGUCUGUGGGUCAGCCUUGUUAAAAAUCCCAAGAAAUCUUGUAAGAAGCAAUCAACUCUUACGGU